AUGAGUGCAUAUACUUCCAAUUCUGAUUCCGACAAUCUUUGGAACAAAUUUACGAAAUCGACUAAAUCGAUUUCGAAUUCAUUAUCACAAUUGAGUGUGAAGUCUGACUCUGAUGGUAAUAGCAUUGAAACCACGCUGGUUCAUAAGGCACUCGUUAAAUAUUAUCAGAAUCAGCAGCCUUUCCAAGGUUUCCCAGGUUGGUUAGGUCACAAGGAAGACUUGCCAGAUGAAAACAAAAUACUAAAGAAGCAAAUGGGGCAACAAGAGAAACUACAAAAGAAAAGUGAACCCUCAUCUGGGGGUGGAGUAUUUAUGUCUACCCGUAAUAGAAACUCGUACACUAAUAUGUUAAAUGAGCCUAUACGACAGAUCCCUGAACCAACACCAAAGCCUGAAGUGACAAAAGUUAAACAAAAACCUACUGCAAGUAUGUCGUUUCAAAGUAUAUAUAGUUCAUUUAAUGAUAAAAAUGCUCUUCAGAACACAAAUGAUUAUACAAAAAUGCCAACACAAAAUUUAGGCGAAAAACAUGGUUUACAUAAUCAACAACAAACAAAUACUAGGACUAGUUCAAGUCCAGAACGCUCACAAUCAUCUUCUUCAUUAAUGAUGCGGGACAGGUUGAAGAAACAAACUAGAAAUGGUUUCGGUUUUCAACAAUAA